CGGGUCCGGUGACAAAUACCUUUCUCAUUUUCAGCGGUCGGCAAGUUAAGGGCACUUUACUAUCGAAACAGAAAGUCUGUUAUUCAUGUCUUUGUAUUGAGGGCCUUGUUAAUCGUCAUUAGGGACUGAAGAGCUUUGUUUUCAUAUGUAAAGUCCGCACAGUGGAGGUAUUUUAGCGAACGGCCAAGCCGCUGACAGCUCCGGAUUGUCAUCCGAGCACCACGUCUGGCUUUACCGGCAUCCUGCUUUAACUCCGCUAUUACACCGUGGACGAUAUCUAACGUUACCCGAUCGGAUUUAUACCGUUUUAAGCUAAAUUGUCGAGAAGAAUUGUUUCAGAUUGGGAUAAAUUCUCGGAAAAAAAGGGAGUUUAACCAGCAGCCGGCUGCCACAGAGGGACAUGUGACGUGGUAACGGUCAACAGAGCUCGAGAUGUUCACAGCAGGCACGAGCGCUCCGUUUUGGUGACGUAUCUCUCAUCCAGGUGAUCCUGUUUUUUAGGAGCAGAACCGGGACCCCCAUGAUGCACCAGCAGGGUUCGUUGAUGCCCCCCCUGCUCGGUGGUGUUUUCUGCCAGUGCCGCUCACAAGACACCCACCCCGGCGUGGACCCUGGUGGCGGAGGUGGGGGCUGGCACGCAGCCGGGGACCCCCCCUCAGCCUCCCCGGCAUCUGAACCUGUCCCUACCGGCAGUUCAGAGCAUCCGUGUGAUAUCUGUGGAGGUCCGGAGCAGGAGCACAGACUGAAGGUGCUGUUCCAGGUCCUGGACGUGAAUGGGGAUGGAGGGAUCUGUGUGAACGACCUGACUAUCGGGCUGAAGAAGUUAGGGGUUCACCGCACCGAACAUGAACUCAUGGUGAGUGGACAACUCUAAGGUUAUUGUAUACCAGAGCCCGACCGAUAUAAAGGUUUGAAGACGGAUACCGAUAGUGUGGUGUAAAAACUCAAAAAGUGAUCUGAAAAACACAGAUAUAUUAGACUUAGACUAGUUUAUGUGUAUUUGUGCACAUGUGAUAUAUUUUUAAAGGUGUUCCCCAAACAUCUACAAUGAAGUGUAUCAAACUAUGUAAGACAAGGUACACCUGAUUCCUGCUGAUGUUCGAUAAGCUGGUACUUUCAAACUCAUUUUGCUCAAAAUUGACAACAAAUACACAUUGUCAUUGUACAGAAGUACCAGUCUCUCUUGAGCUCCAAUUUACCUGAUACUAAUUUUCAGGAACUCUGCAUUCAAAAUUUCCGAAGUUGUUUGUUUACACCUUCCCCGGAGCACAAAGUGCUUGCUGUAGGAAGAAGAUGAUGGUGGGAGUUGAGUCUCUUGAAGCAGGACUUCACUUUAAAUGAAGUCGGGAUGCAUGAUGUUGGGAGGAGCAAUAUUAAGCACUAUUGGAGGGCAUGAUGAUGACUAAACUGAUUUAAACUGUCAUGUACAGCAUAUCACUCUAAAAUGCUGGAUUAACCACGGCUCUAAAUUAUUUUACCUUCCUUGUGCUAUUUGACUUGUCAGCCUGCGGGCCUUAGUUUGUAUGAUCUGUAAACAAAUGAAAAAAAGAACCUGAAGGAGAAUCUGCCCCCAGGUGCGGUUAAGUAAAUACCUUUUUACGUGCUGUAAUAAUUUUGUUUGGUUUGUAUCGUUUAUAUUUUGAGUUGCCUUUAAGUUGGAACACUUCAUGCAGCACAUAUUGUAACUUUUCAUGCCAACAGCGAGAAUAUGGUUGCUUUUUUUCCUAAUACAUCAAGUUACUUAGACAAUGCAGCAGGUAUUUGGAUAUUUUUGGGUGCAGUUUUGCUGUUUGCUGUCUCCAUUUUCUACGUGCUUAAAUGUUGCUGCUGAUGGCAGAAAAUAGAAGUCCAAAAUUGGCUGCUAUUACUUCAAAUAAUUGCCAGUGGAAAAAAAGAGCACUGUCUGCUUUUUCACUGGAGUUUGGUGAAGCCUCCAUGGUGACAGAAUAAUUUAAGCACCUCUUGGCAGAGACAAGUUAGGGAUUGGUGCAUGAAUACAGUAGUCACUGUAUUGCUUUUAAUAUUUCAUGAGUUUACUGGCCCUGGGAUCACUGUGGGAUUCUUCCAGAAACUGAAAGAAACAGACUGGAUUGCCAACACACCAGAAUGCAGAUGCAGAAGCUACUUCAGAGAGUCCUGGAGUCUCCGUGUCUGACCUGAUUUGACAGUCUGGAAGCAGAUCAGAGUUGUAGGAAUCCCUUCCCUGGAAAUUUCUCCCUUUGUUUGUUGAUUAUAUUCACAUAAUCCAGGAUAAUGAUCCUUUCCUUGCUGGUUCACAUUGUGGCGCAUGUCCAAGUUGCAGAGGUCACUGGAUCAAGCCUUAAUAACAGUUUACUAUUUCAAACAACUGUAACUGUGCAAGUGAAAACUACCAGGCAUCGGUGUAGCUCAUAAUAAUAAUUUUCUUCAUUAUCUGUUAGAUGAGCCUAGUGUAAAUAUAAACACCUUUACCUGCUUAUUAAUGCUUUUACAAAUGUUGUCUUCUAUCUUCUCUGUCAGCUGUUUAACUGAAGAUCAGGCGGCAUAAAUGUAGUAUCUCUCUGUCUGAGUGCUUGUAUGUGUUGAAGAUACAGCAGUCUAUUGUAAAUCUCAGCAGUAACAGCUUCUUUCUGGUGCUCCCAAACUUUUUUCCCUUUAAUCCAAGCUGUUAAUGAGUGAAAGUGAAAGCGUCCGUGCUCUCCUGUGAAUGAAGAGUGGAAGGAUGCAGUACAAUGAAGGCAUAGGACGUAAUCGAGGAAACCCAGCAGGCAGCACAAGACAGUUCAGUCUUGAUAAUCAUAUUUUUGAUGAUAGUGGGGGGGUCAAAUUUGUGAUCAAAAUUGAAAUCUGAUCAAUCGGCAAGUUCUCAUUUGACAUAUUUACUUGAUAGGACUGAGUCAGGACGAGGGUCUGAUUAACGAACUGAAACACACUUGGUAAUAAGUGUAAUCUUAUUCCGAGUAUUAUCAGGCAAAGUGGUGUGAAGCAGUAUCUGGUGGUAUUUGAAUAAUAACCAAAAUGAAUGUCUACAGAGAGACAAACCCCUACUACAAACAUGCAUUAAGACAGUAUGAGUUCAUGAAUCCACCCUUCCCUGUGUGCAGGUGGUAACUGAUGUCUUAUGGAUAUGUCACAUUUAAGCCUAGUUUAAUUUUGAGCAUUGUAUUUGCAGGCUGUGGUGGUUUAUUGUGUUUAGAUUCAGCAUAUCUUCCCCUGUGGGGCUGUUUGCUAACCAUUUGAAUUGAGUGUGGUGUGCUGGUUGGGUCGGAAACAAGCAGAAACCGGACUUUCAUGCUGAAUCGUUUCUGAAAGCUGUAGGACACAUUUAAUUUGUUUGGUGAAUUCAGAUGUGGGGAUGUGACCCCAGGCUGUGUAACAAAGGGUGACUUCAGGUUAAUUUAUAAACAGGUCUGUACUGUAUGUUCGGAGGUGUGUGCUGUUUCCACAUGUAAAUAUAUACACACACACGCUUCAUGAACACGCACACAGGAGGCCCAGGAAUGCACUAGAUUUUCACUGACAGCAGGUAACUGAUUGAGUAUCAAUCUACCUCUGCAGGUCACAGUCCAAGGCCAGGAACGUCCCUCUGAACACUCAUGGAUAUAGCAAGGCAUCCCCACCCCAGUAAUAACAAAGAGGGCGGUGUAUUGGCAAGAAGCAAUAUUACACUGUGGUAGGAGACUUUAACCAUGCUGCAAAUUUUAUUCCAGAUUAGUCUGUUUUUAAGAAAAAGAACACACAAUGUAACAUACAUUUAAAAAUUGCUGUUCAUUUGUAUGAAUUCUCCGGAAUAGUUGGACCUGCAUAUGUAUUAAACACAUCUUACUGUGCUGCAGGAAAAAAAAGGAUAGUUUUGAUGAGCCAUCAAACAGCCAUCAAACAGUUAAUCUAUGAAAUUAAAAAAAGAAUCAGAAUUUUCCUUCUUUAGUACAACAGUUGAAGGUAGGGGUGUCCCUAUACGACGUUUUUACCUCUGAUACGAUACCGAUAUUGUACCCUUCAAUAUUGGCCGAUACCGAUAUUGGCACAAACUUGUGCUGCAACGUCUUUUUCGGACUCUAGUGAAAAAUACUGCCACAGGGUCGACAUCACUCUUACUCCUUGCUACUUUGUUAGUAUCUUCGUACACACUGAUGUUGUGAUCACGUGGACUCUACAUGCUGGAUAUGGGUCCUGCCAGAUGGAGGUGCUGGAACGGAAUCUGGAAUGGACUGUGUGAAUCGGAUUGCUGAUAUCGAAGAUUUUAGACGCAGGCCGAUAAAAUCUGAUAUUGGACAGAUAUCAAUAUCGUAUUGGGACACCCCUAGUUGAAGGGUUAGAUUUUGUAGUUAAGGAUGGGGAAUUUGAUCUCCAUAUUUGUAGUUUUAUUUAUUCUUUUAUCCAAUAUAAAAUUGUCAUCUGCUCUCAGUAAACUAGUGGGCAAUCUCUCUCUCUUCUUUUUAGAGAGGUGACAGACAUCAUUAGUGUCAGUGGAAGCUGAUACAUUCAACAUUUUUCCAUGUUAAUCGUGUAGUUUAAUGAUCUUGCAGGAUAACUUGUUGCUUCCUGUCAAAUAUACAUUUGUUAUCAAAGUCGUAAAGCAGGCAAAAGAAAAGCAGCAAAGCAAACAGUAAUCUCUUACUAAUGCUGUAACAUAAAAGUGGGUUAUUUACACUAGACUGUACCUGCUCUGUGGAUGCACUGAAAUUAUUAAACUCUGCCAGAAGAGCAAUUAGUAAAACCAAGCAGCAGAAAGCAGCUGCAGUAAUGAGGACUGUGUGCUGGUAUAUUUUUUGCUGCGUCACAGUGAAGUUGGAGGAACCCAGUACAUGUUUUGAAUGAAAAUGAGAUGGAGCUCAGUCUGUGGGCGGAAGGGUUCACCUGCUGUUUGCUGACUGUGUGCUUGGGUGACUAAGAAAAAGAGAGGAGGAGAGAGAAAGAGGGAGGGAGGGAGGGAGGGAGGGGGAGGCAUCACUCAGCAGAUUUCUCUUCUGUGAGGGAGGGAGGGAAGGGAAACCCUGCGUUUCACCCUCCCCCUCCCUCUACGCUGAACUCAUAAAUUAAUUUCAUCACUGCAAUCCUGUCCUCCAUUGGCAGAGGGGCUCACUCCACAGCUCGGUCUGCCAAUAAGGACCGCAGCGAUUGGUUGGGCUUGUCUGCAGUGAGGAUGCAGGUUUCUGGAGACACUCUUUGCUGCAUUUCUACGGCUGCUGGUACUUGAGCAAGCGAAGUGCAAACCCCAUCUGUGCACAGCUUCCAUCACACUCAACUUAAGAUAUUUAAGUGUGAAAAUUUUCCACGGUAAAUGAAGACGCAAUGAUGAAGUUGAAGUGAAAGAGUUAGCUUGAAGAAUUUCACCUUCAUCCUGCUGCAUUUUGAUGAUUUUGGACCUGAGCCUGCACGUCUGUCAACAGAAGGAUUUAAUCAAAGAAAGAUCCUGAUAAAAAAUGAGGUUCUGACCUGGAGCAGAGAAGCAGAGGAGAGUGGAGGAACACUUCUCUGCAUUGUCCUCAUCUGACCUUACUCUCUCAUUCAACUCUUUGCUUCCAGCCAACACACGCAGACUUCAGUGGCAUUCUGGUUUCUUGGACUGGACUCAGUAGGACCCUGUUUGAGGAUGCUGCAAGACAUGCUGAGUUUACUCUGGCAGAGACUUUUUGGCAGGACACAGUGUGAUCCUGCUGAAAGUGCGGAGGAGGAAAAGACUGAGGCUGCUGGAAACUGCAAGAAGCUGCAUGAAAAGAGUGAAAACUCCUCUUAUAGUGAGCAAAUCAGCAGCAGUAAUGCUGCUCCUAAAAACACCACAGUGUUAAUUAUGGUGGCUCCUCCAGCCGAUCUUCAACAGGUAGGAUACAGCAGAACCUGUGACGUCAGUGGGACAGUCACAAGAGGGAAAAGUAUUUUUAAGAUUAUGUCGAUUUGUCUCUGUUGAUUUUGGACGAGAUGUUUGAUAGAGUUGCGAAUAUGGAGAAGAGAACAGUUGAAGUUGGCCCUGGAGCUGCUGGGUUGAAGACUAAGCCUUUGGGUGUGGGGUGUACAGUGGUGAAAACAUAGUUAAGUAAUCCUGAAUGGUAGUCAUUUAAAAUUUUGCAACUCAUGGCAGUAUCUUGACUUUAGUAGUCUAAUUUUACAGCACACAUUACAUUGUGAAACUUCAGUUCCAUUUUGCAACAUUUAUACACAAUCCAAGCUACGGAGUGCCUUAAGUUCUAAAAGUUACAAAUCUUACCUCAUGUGCACAAAAUAAAAAUAAACACACACACACACACAAGUCUAACUUGUAAGCACAAAAAAUUCACUCAUGCCCAAAGUUUGAACUUAGUCCACAAGAUAGUAGUUAGUUCCACCAAGAUCGUUAUUUUGUGUGCACAGGAAAAUAACUUGUGCAUGCAAGAUAACUACUUUUCCCACGUGAUUCUUGUUUUGUGCAGACAAGAUAACAAGACAACCCCACAUGAAAAUGAUAUUGUGAACCAGAGAUAAUUUACUUGUACCCACAAGAUAGUUAACCUUGGUGGAGAAAUAAUAACUUGCACUCUUGAGAAACUUAAGGCCCUUUUCUCCUCUCUCACAUCUUUUGCAAACUGUGAUCCCUCUCUAAAGCAGUGAAGACAUCAACACUGGUGACGCCAGUUUUAUGUUCUUAUUAGCUUGAUUUUCUCACAAAACACCGUCUACUGGAUUGAAUUGUGGAGGCUUGUUAUGGUGCAACCAAAAUUCACUUUUUUCGUCUGUUUCUAUUGGCCACCACUAGCAAGGAAGGUUUGUAGCAAUUUUGCCUUGUAAUGUCUUGAAUUAUGAUAUUAGUUUGAAGCUUUUGCAGCAGUUUUUCACAUUUUUGUCAUUGUUUGAAUUUUGGGGAUUUUAACAGGUUUUGUGCUGUGCUUAAGUCAGGUGUUUGUUUUUCAGUGCACUGCUUCAUUGAGUGUAAGUUCCUGGUAUCUCGGGUCCUCAUCUGUGAACUGAUCACCAUCAGUGUGAGUUCAGCUGUGCACAUGGUCGAGGGUGUCUCUCACGCUCUAUUAGUUUUACUCCCAUGCAAAUUUGUUUGGUGAAGUUUGACAUGAAUUGAGGAUUUCCUUUUUAUCUUAAACACACAGCUGCUCCCUCCCCAUGUAGCCAUUUCCUAACAGUCAGUUUGUAUUUAUAUUUUUUUUACAGCUACUCUUUCCAGUAGUCCGAGGUGAACCUGAUGUGUGUGAUGAUUGUUUAAAGUGCAGGCUGAGUCAACAGAGCACAGAUGGAGGAGAUGUUUGAAGCCUCACCUCUCUGACCUUUGCUGCUGUUUGCCACUUCACUCUGUACAAAACAGUGUCACUAACAGCUGUGAAUGAGCUCAUAGCCCUGUCCAGCGAUGUGUCUGUAAAUACAGCAAACUAACCUUCUCACAUGUUUGUUCUUCUGGUCUGUUUUUUGCUCCAAUAGAAAAUCGUGAAAGCUGGAGACAAAGAUCUGGAUGGACAGUUGGACUUUGAGGAGUUUGUUCAUUAUCUCAGAGACCACGAGAAGAAACUCCGAUUGGUCUUCAAGAGUUUGGACAAAAAGAAUGAUGGUGAGAAACAUUUUUACAACAAUCGACUGUCUUUGAAAUCUUUGUGAUACAAUACAUAUGCAACAAAACCCCUCCAAUAAGACUUUUCCCUGUUAAAGAUGGUUGGGGUCCAGUAGCUCCUCAGGCUGCUUUCACAUCUGUGCCCACUGACUGUCAUGUCCGACAACAGAAGUUGAAAGUUUUUACUGUUAACGUUAAAUUGGCAUCCACGUUUAAAAAUUAAUCAUUAAAAACUUGACGCUGUUAAUCAACAAUUGACAUAUUAAUGGGCGUGUACCAAGCUCUGUUAGCAAGCUGCAGCAAGACUACGCCCACAACAUUUUAUUUGUCAUGUGCAUUUCAGUGAAUCACUCUUCACACGUCUUUUUUUCAGUGCUUAAUGAGACGGAAUAUGAAUUAUAUUAAAAAUACAAACUGUCUUUUCUCCAAAGUAUAUUGCAACAGAUAAUGUUUAAUUUUUUAGCCCAGUCACAUGCCAAUUGCAAACUACUUCAAACAAUGGAUAACAUGUCAGAGAUUUCUGUCAAAGUUACUCUUUUAAUCUAUGGCUCACAAUGACAUUUUACAAUGAAAUAAAAUGGGCAUAUUAUACAUUUCCCUUCAAUCUCAGUGUCCGUGUUUUGUGUCCCUGAUGUCCCCAGAUGUCACAGGGCUUAAAAGAAAAAUUUUAAUCUUGGCAAAAAUUGUGGAAAAGCGCAUGUCACUGAUCGGUGGAAGAGCCAAAGUUACUUCUGUGUUUGUCAACGAGGGUCUUCUCUAAAAUAAUACCACACUCAGUAUCAUAAAGCGCUGAAAAAUAUCCUGAACAUGAACCUAAACCAUGAUUAUCUACAUCAGCAUUGAGCCAUGGGUUAUGUCUGACCCCUCAGUAAGGCAUCAAGUGUUGAGUAGCCUGAUGAAAGAGACAGAGAUCAUUCUUAUGUUUGUCCGUUUGUUUGUUUGUUGCAGGUCGGAUUGACUCACAGGAAAUAAUGCAGUCGCUGCGUGACCUAGGGGUGAACAUCUCUGAGGAGCAGGCAGAUAAGAUCCUUCGGAGGUGAGAGGGAUGCUGUGAUGGACAGUUUUACCAGUCUGUAUAUCUGUCUCUGUGACCUUCUCUUCUGUAACUUUUUAUGCGUGUGAUCAGAGGAUUCAGUCUAAAACUCUUCAACAGUUAGAUGCCAGUUGUCUGUAAAUGAAGACUUUCCUUCUCACUGUUUGUAUAAUGGUUUUAUGUAGGAAUAAGUGUAGGAGUUUCCUUCACAGAAAGGUUUCACGACAGAGCCUAAGUGUCAGAGCUGUAAUCUGUUUGUACUCCUUUAGAUCCAGCACACUCCUGAACUGUUCCAUGUCCCAUCUCUCACUCAGCUGUGGAGUCUGUCUACACUCAUUUAAACUACCGAGUUCUUGUUCUUCUGUGUCAUGUGGUUAUGGCUCAGUGUGAUUCCUGUCUGGUUCUAAUCUCAUGUCUGUCCGUCUGUGUCCCUCUCUCUCUGGCUGGUCUCAGAAUAAGGAGGGGUCAUAUCUGGGCCCCUAUCCUGUAGUAAGUAGUAGCUUCUCUAGUCUGCUUUCUCAGCCACUGCUGCAUUGUUCACCUCUGCACCGUCUGUCGGCUUCAGUUCCCAGUUGCUGUUUUUGUGUUCAGUGAUUUUAGAAGCAAAAUGCAACAAUUAUCACCAGAUGAAUGCUCUGAUAAUUUGUUGUGGCUCAUGAGGUUCAGUUUAAGCACUUUGCAGCACUUUGAGUGAAUGCACUCAAAUGCAACAGUGCACGUGAGCAGAUAGCUCUGCUUUCUUUCUGAAUUUUUUCUAACUGUCUGUUACUUUACAUUCUCAGUAUGGAUAAAAAUGGCACCAUGACGAUCGACUGGAAUGAGUGGCGGGAUUAUCACCUCCUGCAUCCAGCAGACAACAUUCCUGAGAUCAUCCUGCACUGGAGACACUCCACGGUACACACUCCUUUUUAUAAAAUCUGUCAGUCUUUAUUAUUUCCAUGUGGAAACUUCUAUUUAUACCUCUAAACUUAGAUUUUAAACAUUUGUUUUGCUGCAUAUGCCAGUAAGGCAAAUUGUAAGGGAUUUAAUCGAUAAAUAUGUGCUCAUUUUACAUUUGAUGUCAGCACUACAUUUCCAAAAGUUUGGACUACAAAAACCCUGAGGAAGUUGUGUAAUGCUGCUAAGGCUUAGUGUCUCAGUAAAGAUGGAAAGAAGUUCAGCACUUUGGAAAACCACUGUCUGUGAACACGGUUUGUUGCUGCCAUGCAAAGAGAAAACCAAACAUAAGUGUGAUCCUGAAACUCUGGAAACACUAGAAACAUCUGCUGCCAUCCAGACCAAGACUUUUGGGAAAUCACAUUCUGCAGAGAUUUCAAUAGCAUGGCUCUGUAGUAGAAGAGUCCUGCUGAUAAACUGGUCUGCCUGUAGUCUUGAAUUUUCCCCCACUCAAAAGAUUUGGAGCAUCAUGACACCAAAAAUAGGACAAAGGAAACCCUGUACUUUUGAAAAGCUGAAACCCUAUCAGGCAAGAAUGGGACAAUAUUUCAUUUUGAAACUCCAGAAAGUGGACUGCAGGGUUCACAGAGAGUACGUGGAAGAAAAGCUGAGGACACAGUAUGGCAAACAUGACCCUGUACCACCUUUGUUACGGGCAUCAGAUUAAAAAUGAGUGUACACUUUUUAUUAAAAGAUUCAGUUUGCAUGUUGUCACAGCACUUUUUUCAAUCAAAAUCAGUUUUUUUUUUAAUAAUUUGCAAAACAACAAAUUCUGCUUUUAUAAACAUUUUUUCUCACCUGUUAAAAAGGUUACUUUCCAUCAAAGCCAGUGUUAAUAAAAGGUAACAUAUCGCUGCUUUUGUCCUGUAAAGUUAAUGUAAUCCAGACCUGAUAAUGUAGUUGAUUUAAUUCAAAUAAAAUCAUUCAGUAAGUCUGCAGUGUUUUUCCCUCUGCAUGUUUCACAUUAUUUCAAAGAUUCUCCUGUCACUGAUUCUGACUGUAAAAACACCGACUGAAAGUUAAACCUCUCCGUCCUCAGAUUUUAGAUGUUGGGGAGAGUUUGCUGGUUCCUGAUGAGUUCACAGCUGAGGAGAAGAAAACAGGAAUGUGGUGGCGACACCUGGUGGCUGGAGGAGGAGCUGGAGCUGUAUCUCGAACCUGCACAGCACCUCUGGACAGACUCAAAGUGCUCAUGCAGGUAGAGUGCUCAGCUGAUUUGACAGUGAUUUUUUCAACAAAGGGACAUUUUGAUACUAAACCAUCAUGCUGUAUGUCAUCCUCAGGUUCACGCAUCUAAGAGCAACAGCAUGCGGAUCACAGGAGGGUUUGCACAAAUGAUCAGAGAAGGAGGAGUGAGGUCACUGUGGAGGGGAAAUGGCAUUAAUGUCAUUAAAAUUGCUCCGGAGUCUGCCAUUAAAUUUAUGGCAUACGAACAGGUGUGCAUUACUCCCAAAUGUGACAAUUUCACAAAACACAAUGUGAUUGUUUGGAGGGACAUCUAACAAAAAAACAACACAUGUCCUGUGUGUCAGAUAAAACGAUUGAUUGGGAGUAACCAGGAGACCUUGGGCAUCGCAGAGAGGUUUGUGGCCGGCUCUUUGGCUGGAGCGAUCGCCCAGAGCAGCAUCUACCCCAUGGAGGUGAGAAACCAACUCAUACAAAGUUAAUAUCAGCAAAUCCUCACUUUUUAAAUGCCAUACAUGAAGAUUUAUUCAUUCACAACUCAUGCCUCAUUAUGUUUGUGUGCAGAAAUAUCCACGUGGCUUCUCUUUGUCCUGUGACUGACUCCUCAUUUUAAUUUUUAGCCUUGAACGCAUCAUGUGAAUCUGUGACCUCUGUUCUGGAGGGACACAGACCUUCACACGCAGACUCACAGACCGCCACAUGUGCACAUGUGUGAGCAAGUCAUUUAUGUAAAAGAGGUUAUUAUGUUAAUAAUGCACGACAUAUAAUCUACGACUCUUGGACAACACAGUGAAAGUUUGUUUUCUAUACGGGACAGUUUGACAUCUCAUCUUGUCCUGUCAGGUGCUGAAGACGCGGUUAGCCCUGAGGAAGACGGGUCAGUAUUCAGGCAUUGUGGAUUGUGCCAAACACAUCUUCAAAAAGGAGGGAGCGGCUGCUUUCUAUAAGGGCUACGUCCCCAACAUGCUGGGUAUCAUCCCGUACGCCGGCAUCGACCUCGCCGUCUAUGAGGUGCGUGUCAGCCUGUUCAAUUCAGUCUCUGUUCGGCGCUUUUGUUUGAGCUCAGUCUGACUCCUUUGGUCUUCUCUCCUCCGUCAGACUCUGAAGAACUCAUGGCUGCAGCGCUUCGCCACAGACAGUGCUGAUCCGGGCGUGUUUGUGCUCUUGGCAUGUGGCACGACUUCCAGCACAUGCGGACAGCUGGCUAGCUAUCCACUUGCCCUCGUCAGGACACGGAUGCAGGCACAAGGUCAGUCAAGGCAGAGCUCUAACACACUGAACACGGCUGCCAGGAGGGAGGAAAUUAGACCCAGAGUGAAGUCAAUUUUCACUGUUCACAUAGAAGAGAAUUUGACUGGAGAUCCAUUUAAGGUCAUUUGUUUUGUGGUGCAUAUUUCUCACUGGUAUGUGCCACUCUACUUGCAUCAACUUUAUCUGCAAUCUUUCCUUUUCUUCUCUUCUGUUUUAAAGAUACUAUUAUGAUACAGCCACCCAAUACAGGAGGUGACGCCAUGUCAUGUUUUGAUGUAAAUUACAAGUGCACACACAGAAACUAGUUUGUCAGAGUGAAGUCUGUUUACGUGCUAACACAGGCAGCAGGUUUUACAACCACAGACAGUCAUUGCCCUGUGGCUGUGGUGAUAAGAAGUAGGAAGUUAACUGGAGACUUUCUCUCCAGUGUUAAUGUGUAACUCCACUUAGAGGAACAUAUUAAGACAUUAUUAUGAGUUUCUGGAAGAGACAAGACCACAGACUGCACCAAUCCUAAAACUCAGGUUGUUUGGCGUCGUGUUUGAUGGUCUUGUGGAUGAAUUUAUGAUGUUUAUUGUGUUUAGACUACAGUGAGUAGUUUUGUGUUUGAGCUGUCCUCCUCUUGUCCUCAGCAGCAACUCUUGAAGGGGGCCCUCAGAUGAGCAUGAUGGGCCUGUUCAAACACAUCAUCAGGACUGAGGGGCCCAUGGGACUCUACAGGGGCCUUGCACCAAACUUCAUGAAGGUUAUUCCCUCCGUCAGCAUCAGUUAUGUUGUCUAUGAGCACCUCAAGAUCACUCUGGGGGUCCAGUCAAAGUGAGGAAUCAACACUCCAAAGGUUUUUUUAUGUUUCCGCUGACUGAAUCGGCAGCUGAUAAUCACGUAUUCAAAAAAGACACUAUCACUUUUUUUGGUUGUUUGAAGUAAAAAUGUGAAAGAAGAGGUACUCUUUAUAGCAGAGAGGCUCAUGAAGGUGCGAGUUAGUUUCUUUUAGCAACCAGGUGGUGCUUCUUACACCAGUUAAUGUCCCUUCAGGGAGACUAAAGUUUACAUUGAAGGAAUGAAGAGGUUUACUGGUGCUCCAGUAAAACGUUCCUGCUUCUUCAGAGCACUACGAAGCAGGUCUGCUGCUCUCUUUGGAAAAGAGUCUUUGCCUUGAAGGGCUUUACUGAGGCAUAUCAUGCAGCAUUUCCAAUGUCUCCUGAUUGGAAGAUUUGCACAUGGCAUCAUGAAAAGUACAUAAAGCCAGUAAAGGGCCAACCCCUGUGGUUAUGCAGAUUCCCUUUGCACAUGUAAACAUUUGUUUGUAUAUUAUUCUGGAUGGAAUCCACAGUGCUGUUUUUGGAAACUAGAGGGCUACACAAGACUUAAGUAGAUCGGGGCAUUUGUUACAAUAGAUUCAGCUGCAGCCUAAGCUUUGAAAUAUGGUUAAGUUUCACUUUUUAUUCUGUUUGUUGUUACUUUGCACAGAGGCCCUGGCAGCUUCUAGUAAACCAGACUAUAAGACCUCCUGCAGACUGGCCCAUGAUGGCCAUGCCAGAAGAAAACAAUCAAAAACAGAAAAAAAAUGAAACACUUUUGGCCAAAAUAUCACUCGGAUAUGUGUAGGCUAUAUUUUGAUCUGUUGUUUUGAAUAUUCAACAAGCACACAUUUCUCUGCAGGUUUAUCCAUACUGAACACUUCUGCCCCCCUCAGGCUUUAACACCAACUUCAUGUAGACAGAUUUUCCUCAUGACAUCGGCUCUUAUUAUGGUUCAUCGUGAAAAGCAUUUUGAAAAGCUGAUGAAAAGCACACAAAUUUGCAGUGGAUUACGCUCUCAGUGAAUUCAUAUGUCCUCUGCUAAAUCUCCGACAUAACUCACCUUGUGGUCAUUGAUACAAGAUUGCAGAGAAAUUUAAGUCUUCCUUUUCAUUCUGCACUUUGCUGAAAAAAUUAAUCUUGUCAGCUUCCUCAACCUGACCCUUAAAACAAGAUGCAUUUUGUCCAAAAGCAGCCACCAGCUGUGCUAUCAAGCUGCAAAUAAGGAUUUGUUUCAAUCAGUUGUUUCCUCUGUCUUCAGAAACCAAGCGUUAACUUCAGCAGAUGACUUGUACUGUACAUAAUCUAAAGAUAUUCUAAAGAAACCAAGAAUUAUAUUGCAGUCUGAGAAUUUUGACAUUUGUGGACCAGUUUAGCCAGCUAUUAGGGCUUUACCAGGUAAUCGAUACAGCUUCGCUGUGUGCUUAGCUGGAGAUAUCAAUGACAAAAAAUUUUGGUGUUAUCGUUUCAAGGUUUUGGCAAAAAGGUCAUUUUUCCAAAGACAUCCUACACCAUGAACAAUAUCCUGUAGCUUGGAGGCCAGAUUUUUGUAUUUCCGAUAUUUCAAGGUUUUCCAACAAAAACCUGAAAUAUAGAAUCUGAUGUUUGGCAUAGGAUAAGAGGAUAAUAUGAUAAUAAUUCAAUUCUUGUUUUUUUUAUCAUUAUUUCUAUAUCGUAAUUAUCUGUCAGGACAAUCAGACACUGAUUGAAUUUCUUUAUUUCAUCAUUACACUGUCAAUGUAGCUUAAAAUGUUUUCAGUUCAAUCUCCUCCUUCAACUGUGAAACAAAUCCGUAUGAAGCCUCCCUGACAUAUUAAGGUGCUCCUCAGGAGUCAGUUUUCACCUUUAAAACACUUUCCCUUUGACCAGGAUUCACAUUAGGAUCAUUAAACUGUGUUUGUUUCAGACUUUGUAAUAAGGACCUACAGAACCUGUUUUUUUUUUUUUUUUUUAUGUCGUCAGUUAAAUCUUUCUCCAUCAGUUGUUUCUAAACACUCCUUAAAUCUCAUAAAGGGCGAUCAGAGGCAGCUCUCUCCACCUGCCUAAUGUCAGACUGUCCAGGAUUCCCAUGAGUGCCUUAAGUGCCGAGUCUCUCACCUGUAAACGCACCUGAACACUAGAGGAGUCUGUGGGAUGUUGAAUGCACUUUAAGGUACUCUGCUUUAAUUCCUUUUUUAAUUUAUUUCUGUAUUUAUUUAUUUAUUCAAACAAAAAAGGAUUAAAGUUUGAGUUUGGUCUCAUUGAGGUUGUAAGGGGGGGUUUGUGAUUUUAGAGUCCUCCAUUAUCUGACGUUUUUUGGUUUAUAACUCCAUGUUGAGCCCUAAUUGUAUAGAUUGACUAUUUAAAAGAUCUGUGGCAAAUAUACAGAUAGUCUGGCACUUUUUAAACUGAGGAUAGAGUUUUGUUGGAUUUAUUUUUUUUAAUGCCUACUGUAAAUUGGCAUAUUCCUAAAACUCUUUUGUUUAUCAAGCCAGUAAUUAUUUUCAAAAAAGAAUUCCAUACCUAUUUUGUCAUCCAUGCCAAAAUGGUGUGACCUAAUGUAAAAGUGCAUUUCAAUAACACCCAAGGAUUUUUGGUUUUGUUUUGUUUUAGUUUUUGUAAAAUAUUUUGCACAAUUGAUUGACAUUACCAAUUAUUAAGUUAAAAUUUGUUUGGAUUUUGUACUUUUGGGCUUCACACAAAAAAAUCCACAACAAAAAAUCUGUGAAAUUUAAUGGCUCAGGUGAACAUACAUCUGACUUCCACAAAAAUAAUAUCAAAAUUAAAUCAGUUCGUGAAGGGAAACAAAAUCAACAGGGUCUGAACAUGUUAAAACAACAGACUGUGCACAAGAGGUGGACAAAGCCCCAGGAUCUGAAAAAUGAACGAAACCUGAUGUCCAACAGGGGGAGUUUACUGUCUGGAUCUCUAGUUUCAAGUCGUCUUCAGUUCCAAAACUUGAUCUGUUUGUAGCUCACAGUGCAGUGACUAACACCAGUUCACACGUAGCACCGAAAACACUAUACUGCAUGUGAUUUCAAUUUGAAAACAAAUAGGUAUCAUCAACAAAAACCCAGCAUCAGUGUACACAGGCCCUUAAAGCAUAAUGGCAAUAGCCAUUUACUGGAGCUGCAGUCCUGAAUUGUGGAGGGUGACUGCGUUAGAUGCAGCAAAUUAUUAUCAUUGUGGACCUACAGUGAUAAAAUAAUAGCUUGUCCACCAACUAGUAUUGUUGGUGCUUGCUGAUGAAGGCGCCUACAUUUGAUGGUUCAGCCAACUUUAUAAAAACAUCCUCCCUGUGAUUUGACAAGGUGCAUUCAGGAGUGCGAAAAGACUCCUGAGGAGUUGUUUCAAGCUUUUAUCAUGUAAGUCUAGUCUUUUGCUAUCUGACCCUAUCAUUCUAACCGAGAAGCCGCCUCUGUUGCUGAAAAUGAACCCAAUGCAGAAGUGCUUUAAAAAACGGCAAUAGAGGGAACCUUGUAGGAGCCAGCAUGAAGAUGUCUAAGUGUGUAAAAGAGUUCAGCAUGUUUACAGCCAGGUAUUGAAACAGAGUUUGGAUCUUUUUAGCACAUUAUUAUUUUUAGUUAUAGUUAUAGCCUGAACUCCUUUCCUGUUUUUAGAAGGCAUUUCAUUUUGAGUCAGUUUUUGCAAGCCAAAAUGAGUUAACAAGUUGAUAUCAUCAUACCCUGAAUAAUGGAUGUGCCUUGCCAGUCCAACUAGUGUUAGCCAAUAACUUAGCUUUCUACCCAUGGUUCUUUAGUUGUUCACUUCUGGCUGAAAAAAAUCCAGCAUGACAGUUGCCUAAAUGCUAAACUUAGGGCUUUCAAAGAGUAAUGGUCAAAUGAAGGGUAACAUCCGGAAGGUUCUGUCCUCUUCUUGUCUUCAGUCUUUUGUUGAAUCACUUGCAUGUUGAUGAAGAAGCUGUAAUAAAACAAGAGAAGCUCUCUCACAUGUUGGAUGUCUGCUCAUCAGGCUGCUACUGUCAGCUGCCUUAUCUGAAGCAACACGUCUACUUCAAACUCACGCUGUGUCUUCAGAGAAAGUGCAGCUGGACACCUAAUCCAUCUCUGUUGUCAUAUUUACACAUUCAAGUGUUUCCACCAAUAGCUCCAAUGUCUUAAAAUGAUGCUGUGGCGUACCCACGAACAGGAGGGCUUGAAUUGUACAGAUAGACUUUACAAACUGAAGGCUGCCAUGUAUAUAUGUAAACUGUAUAUUGGUAAAUGGUGGCAUAGUUUACCAAAUGUAUUCAUUCUAUAUAUUUCUAUUUUAUUUUGUUAUGCCAUGCAGCUGUGACAGAAAUGCAGGAAUGAGUCUGUGAGUUGUUGUGUCAAAGUUUCUUUGUAUGUAGAUGCAUCCACUGAAAGAAUGUUUGGCUGAAAAUUCAAAUAUCUGCCUGUCAAAUAAACUUGUUCAGCAGUACAACAUGUG